AUGGAAAAUAAUAGAAAGAGUCAGAAGUUCUUGCCUCAGGAAUCUUGUUUUGGAAAUGAUUGGAAAUGCAAAGGACUCUUUAAGAGACAACAGGAAACUAAAGAGGAAUAUUUCAGGCAUGUAACUGUGCCAUUUGAAAAAAUAUUGUCUGAAUUCAUCCAGCCUACAUCUUUUCUUCUAAAUCAAAUAAUUCAUACUGGAAAGAACCUCUCUGAACAUAAAAAAUGUGAAAAUCUUACUCAACAGGGAAGAAUUUGUGUCAGUGACAAGCUUGAUGAAAUGUAUGGCAAUGCCUCUGUAUUUUACACAAAUCAUAUGAAACAUCAAAUUUUACUGCAAAGAAAUGCAAUAUAUUUAAAGAAUGUGGCAAAGGCUGCUUGUAACUUUCAACUAACUCAAUAUCAAAUAACUCAUGCUAAUUAGAAACCCUAUGAAUGUCAGAUAUGUGGAAAGCCCAUAAGAAAGCAUGCCCACCUUACCCAACAUAAUCAAAUUCACACUGGUGAGAAACCAUAUGAAUGCAAAGAAUGUGGGAAAGCGUUUAUCUGUUGUUCAACAUUGAUUCAACAUAAGAGAACUCAUACUAAUGAGAAACCCUAUGAAUGUCUGGAAUGUAGAAAGAUGUUUAGGUGGAGUGCACAUCUUAUUCGACAUCAAAGAAUUCAUACUGGUGAGAGACCUUAUACAUGUAAGCAAUGUUGGAAGGCCUUUGCUUCUGUUUCUGAUUUAAUAGACAUCAGAAAAUUCACACUGGUGAGAGACUUUACGAAUGUAAAGAAUGUGGGAAGGCAUUUAACAGUUGCUCAACUCUUAUUCAGCAUCAGAGAAUUCACACUGGUGAGAAGCCCUUUGAAUGUAAGGAAUGUGGCAAAGCAUUCAAUAAUUACUCAACACUUACUCAACAUCAGAGAACUCAUACUAAUGAGAAAUCUUAUGAAUGUCAAGAAUGUAAAAAGGCUUUUAGGCAAAGUGCACAUCUUACUCAACAUCAAAGAACUCAUACUGGUGAGAAACCAUAUGAGUGUAAGGAAUGUGGGGAGGCUUUCACUUGUGCUUCUGACUUUAACAGACAUCAGAGAAUUCACACUGGUGAAAAACCCUAUGAAUGUAAACAAUGUGGUAAAGCCUUUAAUAAUUGCUCAGCUCUUAUUCAACACCAGAGAAUUCACACUGGUGAGAAGCCUUAUGAAUGUAAGCAGUGUGGGAAAGCUUUUAUAUCCUGUUCAACACUUGUUCAACAUCAGAGAACACAUACUAAUGAAAAACCUUAUAAAUGUCAGGAAUGCAAGAAGGCCUUCAAGCAGACUGCACAUCUAA